GUCUGUCUAAAUGGGAACAACAAUGUGUGAGGAAACGAGUAAUUGCACUAGAAAUGAUUUUUGAGGAAGCGAGUUGUAAUUUUAGUAAAUGUGCGUCAAUGUAAUAACCUGUAAUACAUCUAUAGUUGGAUCUUUCCCAAUUUGCAACAAUAAAUUGAAAAAAUAAUACUUCCGCGGUAUACUGUUCAUAUAUAUUUUUACCGAACGAUUGUUACCUGUGUUUAACUCGGAUAUAUACUUACACUGAGUUACACCGUCCUAUGGCAUGCCAAUAACAUAAUAUAUAAAGUAUACACUUAAUGCACGAAUAUACUUAACAUAAGUAAUUUGAUCAACUGACAACUUCGCAAAACAAUGUUUAUUUAUUUAACAGUUAUCACUAUACUGUAUUUGGGCCGGUUGAACGGGGUUUCGUCGCUGAUGUAUCCGCACGACUACGGUCCGACGCUGUUCGCGGGCGCCGGCAACGUUACGUUCGACUUCAUAGUGGUGGGCGCCGGCAGCGCGGGCGCCACUGUCGCAGCCCGCCUCAGCGAGGUACCCGAAUGGAACGUGCUGCUGUUGGAGGCAGGUGGUGACCCACCGGAUUACACGGAGAUGCCGCUCAGGUUCAACGAGGCGUUAACAAGUGACAUCGACUGGACGUUCAUUACCGAACCCGAACCUAACCUGUUCGGCGGCCUGGAACGCGGUCGGUGCCAGGUGUCCAGGGGCCUGACGUUGGGCGGGUCGUCGUCCAUAAACGCCAUGAUGUACUUGCGGGGUACCAAGCGCGACUUCGACGAGUGGGAGCGGCUGGGCAACGCGGGCUGGGGGUUCGGCGACGUGCUACCGUACUUCGUCAAGUCCGAGAACUUCACGGGCGACCGCAAUCGCCGGGACAAGACGCCGCACGGUCGCGGCGGCCCGUUGACCGUCAGCCCGCUGGUUUCCAUCGACCCGGCGUACGUGACUAUCACGGACGGCAACCGGCUGCUCCGGUUGGCCGAGCUGGACGACAUGAAUCGGUUCGCACCUCCGGCAAUCGGCUACGGGCCGAUGGACUUCACGGUGCGCGACGGCCUCCGAUGCAGCACGCUCAAGGCGUUCCUGUUGCCGGCCAGCGGACGGCCGAACCUGUUCGUGGCGAAACACGUCAGGGUGACACGGGUAAUGAUACGACGGACCGAGUCGCUGGGCGGCGGAAACUGCACCAGGGCGGUGGGCGUCGAAUACGUCUCGCCAUCCGGGCAAGCCGGGCGCGUGCACGCGACCCGCGAAGUGAUACUAUCCGCGGGCGUAAUCAUGAGCCCUCAGAUACUAAUGGUGUCGGGCGUGGGUCCGGCGAUACACUUGCGCCAACACGGAAUCCACGUGGUCAGAGACUUACCGGUCGGCUACAACUACCAGGACCACGUUUCGUUCGCCGGACUAGUGUUCAGCGACCGGAAAAACCGAUCCCAAGCCGACAUAGCCCGCGAGAGCGCCGACCUGACCCGGGCCACGUUCGGCUUGACGUCCCGGGGCGUGGGCACGCUGGGGCUGACAAACCUCGUAAACUUCGUGGACACCGCGGGCAAGGGUCACGCCGACGUGCAGGUCGUGUACCUCAGGUUCCCGUACAAGAGCAUGAGGAACACGCCGAACAAGCGGAGCAGGCUGUCGAACUUCUUCGGGUUCUCGGACCGGGUGGCAACGCUGUUCGACGAUCUGAACACGGUCAGCGACUCUGUGUUCGCCAUACCGAUCAACGUCGACGGCCGGAGCACGGGGCGCGUGGCUCUGCGGUCGGCCGACCCGAUGGCGCGUCCGAAGAUCUUCACCAAAUAUUUGUCGCACAACGACGAGAUCGAGACGCUUUUGCGCGGGAUCGAUUUCGUCGUGCAACUGUCAAAAACGGAACCGAUGGUGAACGCGGGAUUGAAACUGGAACCGAUCGCAUAUCCGGACUGCGUGGCUCACGUCUGGGGCACCAGGGACUAUUGGGUGUGCGCUAUCCGGAACAUUGCCACGUCGUUCUACCAUCCGGUGGGCACGUGCCGGAUGGGACCGACCUGGGAUCAUCGGUCCGUCGUUGACACCGCGCUAAACGUGAAAGGCGUGCGCGGUCUGCGGGUGAUCGACAGUUCGAUAAUGCCCAAAGUCGUAUCGGUGAACACAAACGCCGCGACCAUAAUGAUCGGCGAAAAGGGAUCUGACAUCAUAAAAAAAUUUUACGGUAAGAUCGCAUGAUGGAUACAAACAAUUCGUUUUAAUUUUGUAUUCACGAUUCUGCAAUAGACGUUAAUGUUUCUAUAAACAAAUAUUAUGAUCUCCGUCCAAAUAUCUCUUGUUGAUUUUUUAACAACACACUAUUACUCUUUAAUUGCACACAGAUAAUAAAUUAUAACUCUAACACUAAUAGCAACUAUACGAAUACAGUAACAAUUAUUUACAAUAGAAUUAAUUUAUAAUAAGUUGAAUGAUUUUUUUUUAAACAUAAAAAAU